AUGAUUACUGUCAUAGGAUCCCUUAACUAUGAUCUAGUUACAUUUACGAAACGAGUUCCCGAGGCCGGAGAAACCAUUCAAGGUGACCUGUUCGAAGAGCAUUUGGGAGGAAAAGGUAUGAAUGAAUGUGUCGCUGUGGUGAGCUUGAUACAUUCAGAGUUACGGAAGCAUAUCAGAAUGUGGGGAAGAGUUGGAGAUGACCGCCAAGGUCAAAUGUUCCUCGACAAGCUUCAUUCGUUGAAUGUGGAUACCAGCUCAGUGAAAACACUACCAAAUACCCGUUCUGGCAGUGCUACCAUUAUGGUCGAGGAAUUAACUGGUGAGAACCGAAUCAUCAUCAUUGGAGGUGCCAAUAGCCAAUUGAGACCUACCGAAGAUGAACUUCGGGCCAGUUUCCCAUCCGAUUCCAGUGAAAAGCAGUUUGUCGUGUUACAAAAUGAGUUCCCUGACCCACUAUACGUGAUCAACUGGCUUGGUGAUAAUAGACCCAACGUCACUACCUUCUAUAAUCCUUCUCCACUGAAAAAGGAACUACUUAAGAUGGAAAUCUUGAACAAAGUUGAAUAUUUAGUGGUUAAUAGAGGAGAAGCUUGGGGCCUUAUCGGUGAAAGUGCCAAGGGAGCCCAAGGAGCCCAAGGAGCCCAGGGAGCCGAAGGAGCCAAUGAUAAUGAACUCGUUAUCUCAAUGCUUAGAAGCUUUCUGGAUAAGCCAACUCUUAUCAUUACUUUGGGAUCCAAAGGUUGCAUAUUCAAUCAACCGACAAUGGAUCCCAAAUCCUACCAUUUCGUUCCAAGUAGGAAAGUCAGCAACGUCGUUGAUACAACCGGAGCAGGUGAUACAUUUUUAGGUGGAACGGUGGCUGAGCUAUAUAGUGGAGCCUCAUUGAAAGAUGCCUUAAACUUCGCCACUGCUGCUUCCUCAUUAGCUAUUCAGAAAAAAGGUGCUGUGGAAGGUAUUCCAAAGUAUGCGAAUGUCAAAAAUAUCAUGUAA